AUGCAUUCGUUCAAUAUAAGACAGGCUUUGUUGGAUAUGGGCCCAUGUGCUGAAAAAGAUCCAGGAAUUACAAGCACCAUGGAAAAGAGACGGCCAUCGUUGAGGGAGAGAACCGUUGAGCCCACGUUUAGGAAUGAAGAACAAGUUGAAAUUCCUACUCAAUCGUCAGUAAUAGAGCAUCAGGCGCUGAAUACUGUCCAAGAACAAGAAACGUUAAGCAACCAUGCUAUACUGAAUGAUCAUCAUCACUACUCAUUCAGCAGACCUCAAUUGAUUCAAGACAUUGAAAGUUACUAUCAAACUCCUGUAGACUUAUCGUCCGUUAAUCAUGCUCGAGAUACCCUCAUCAACAACAAAUCAAACAAAUUCAAAGAAAGAGCAAUAGAAAGACAAAGGCAUAUCGAUAGCUUGCUGAAACAAUUCAUGAAUCCACUGCACGAGUUACAAAGCCAUCAAUCUCUCAAAUCAAUACUUCCGCUCGUAAUGUUCAGCAGAUUUCAAAGACUUCUGCUCCUCUUCAACAAACCCUUCAAGGCCAGUCAUACGCCAUUCGAUUUCAAAACUCUUAAUACCAAGAAAGAAAUUGAAAAACGAUCGUACCUAAUGUCUAGAUCAUUCAAUAGGUUGAAAGUGGAAGCAACUCCCUUGCUAAGGCAACAUGGUGAGAUUCUUAAAGAAAAUUCUGGAAACAGAUUUCAGCCUUCUUGUAAACAGCGUAGGAUUCUGUCGAAUCGAGGAGCGACACCACUAGCGUUAAAAACCUCGCAGCAGCUGGCUCCUAUUUUGUUUGAAUUGGAAAGGAAUAAUACCAACAGUAGAAGCUCAAACACACAGAUCAAUUCGGGGGUUGGAUUUGCAACAGUAGAAAGUGUUGUUUCAGUUCCAUCUUUCACAGAAAGACUUGUUGCUAAAGAUAACACACGCUUUGCUUUGCAAGAGUUUGAACUUGAUAAUAUCGCAUCUGAUGCCACAGUUAAAGUCGUUCGUCCAGGGUCAGAGGAGACUCGCUUCUCUCAAUGGAGAAGCUCUUUCAAAAAAGUAUGA